GCCCAGACAUCCAGAACAUUGAUGCUGAGCCCGACGACCCUGAGGCAGAACGAAUUUCCGAGUCUCAGCUUACUGCGGAACAGCGAGCAGCUGCAUCCCGAGCUCUUGCAGGUGAGAACCUUUUCUUGACGGGCCCGGCUGGCACCGGGAAGAGCUUUCUCCUGCGCUUUUUGGUGCAGGAGUUUUCACAUCGCCAUCCCGGGCAGGUAGCGGUGACCGCCUCCACCGGAAUUGCCGCUGCGCACCUUGGUGGCCAAACAAUCCAUAGCUUCGCUGGCGUCGGUGUGGGGACAGCGCCGCUGGCGAAAACCCUUCAGCAGGUUCAGAGGAGUUCUGCAGCAGUCCAGCGCUGGAAGAGCACCAAGGUGCUGGUUAUAGACGAAAUCUCCAUGAUCGACGGUGAGCUGCUGGAGCUUCUUUGCGGUGUGGCGCGUGCCGUGCGGAAGCAGUCGGCUCCCUUUGGCGGUCUGCAGGUGCUUUUCUGUGGUGAUUUCUUGCAGCUGCCGCCGGUGCAGGAGAGGGGCAAGCUGGCGCGGAAAUUCUGCUUCGCCUCUUCUGCUUGGAAGAAGGCGGGCUUGCAUGAGGGCACGGUGCUUCUAUGCCAAACAGUGCGGCAAGCAUCGGACGUCCAGUUCGGGAAGGUUCUCAAUGAGUUGAGGAUAGGGCACGUUUCUGACGAAGCGCGGGAAAUGCUGGCAAAAUGUCAC